AGGAGCCCCCGCGGCGCUGCAGCUCAGAUCUGGCGCGGCGACUGACCCGCACCCCAGUUUCCUUGCUCGCUGCCUUCUCCUCUGCGCGCGGCGCUGCGGCAGGUGCCUCAGGCAUCCGGAGGCGCGGUGGCCUGAGUCGGGCCGCCAUCGAUGACCCGGGUCACGGACCUACUCCAGCCUGGCCACCCCGUGUCUUAUUUCAUCAUCUCUGUUUGAUAUUAAGUCAUGGGGAGGAAGCUGGACCUGUCUGGUCUGACGGAUGAUGAAACAGAGCAUGUUCUCCAGGUGGUUCAGCGGGACUUCAAUCUGCGGAAAAAAGAAGAAGAACGACUGAGUGAGAUGAAGCAGAAGCUGGAUGCAGAAGGCAGCAAGUGCCGCAUCCUUUCCAAGCAUGAGAAGUUCGUGGAGCACUGCUGUAUGCGCUGCUGUUCGCCCUUCACCUUCCUUGUCAACACCAAGCGCAGGUGUGGGGACUGCAAGUUCAAUGUCUGCAAGAGCUGCUGCUCCUACCAGAAGCAGGAGAAGGUCUGGGUAUGCUGUGUCUGCCAGCAAGCCAGGCUACUGAGGACACAGUCUCUGGAGUGGUUCUAUAAUAAUGUGAAGAGCCGCUUUAAACGCUUCGGCAGUGCCAAGGUCCUGAAGAACCUGUACAGGAAACACCGGCUGGAGAGUGGAGCAUGCUUCGACACUCUGGGCGGAAGCUUAUUUGAAGCAAAUCUUGAGAAUGAAGGAAGUAUUUCCGGAAGUGAUUCGACAUUUUAUAGGCAGUCAGAAGGUCAUAGCAUGAUGGACACAUUAGCUGUUGCCCUACGGGUGGCUGAAGAGGCCAUCGAGGAGGCAAUUUCCAAAGCAGAAGCCUAUGGGGACAGCUUGGACAAGCAGAAUGAGGCCAGUUACCUGCGGGACCACAAGGAGGAGCUGACAGAGGAACUGGCCACGACCAUCCUGCAGAAGAUCAUAAGGAAACAGAAGAGCAAAUUCGAGCAGCAAGUGGAAGAAGAGCCGGUGUGGCCACAGCCCCGGAGCUGCAGGAUGAAGGCAACCGACGAGACCACAGUCUCCCCAGGAGGCCGCUGUGCCUCCACCCCACUCUGGCGCUCCCAGUCAGCCUUCUCACUUGUGGCAGAAGAUGUCCAGGAAGCCUCUUCCCUGGAGGCUGCCCCAGGACAGCUGAGGGAGCAGGACCAGCAGCACAGGGAGGAGCCAGCAUUGCCCAGCUGGAGGCACAUGGACAGGCCGGACCAGACAAAUCUGGCCCCAUUUUUGCAGAGCCCUGAUGGGAACUGGGUGGCCUUGAAGGAUGGUGCUCUGUCCCCCAACCACCUGCUGGCCAAACCUAUAAGUGGCACAUUUCAGGCCCUGGAAGCAGCCUCCAGCACAGCAUCCGCCUACGAUGAUUUGGGCUCUGACAGCGAGGAGGACUUCGACUGGAGCGAGGCCUUGAGCACCCUGUGCCCUCCACCCCCAGGGCUGCCCAGGAACCCCCAGCCUCAGCCUACACAGGCCCCAAGCCUCUCAGGGCUCUCUCCCAACUUCGAGGCCAUGUGCUCUGACUCAGAGACCUCCUCUGUAGGCUCCUCCCGGGAAGCUGGGCGCCAGGCCAGACUGUCCUGGCUGCAGAGGAAGGCCCCCAGGAGCCCUGCAGCGGACAAGAUGCGCCUUCAGGGAGAGCUGGAUGUGAACUUCAACCCCCAGGCAGCCAGAAGGGAGACCUCGGACAGCAGUGAGACGGAGGAGGCCCCCCACACUGCAGACCGGCGGGCCAGGAGGUGGAGAAGGGCCCGGGGGGCCUCAGAAGAGUCCAACAAGGAAUUACCUUCCCCCAGUGUCCAUCCCCAAGAGCUGGACACACAUCAGGUGUUGGCUGAUUUAUCAGAGAUGGACAUCAGCAGUGAAGCUCAGGACUGUCGGACCGGCACAGGCACCAUGGAGGAGAAACUGAGAAACAGGUUGCAUGAGUUAGCAAGGAAAAUGAGUGAGAAGGAGACUUCUUCAGGAGAGGAUCAGGAGUCCGAGCCUAAGACAGAAUCUGAGACCCAGAAGGAAUGUUUGUCCUCUGAAGACAACAGCCAGAGCGUCCAAGAAGAGCUGAAGAAGGAAAAGAGAGAAGCUUUAGCUGUCCACUUAGAGCUACAGCUCUUAUCCACAGUGCUUGAACAGAAGUAUUCUGCUGUUUCUCUCUGCAACAUCUCCACAGAAGUCCUAAAAGUCAUCAACGCCACAGAGGAGUUGAUAGCUGAGUCUGCGGGUCCCUGGGAGGACCCCCCUGUCCCUCCUGACAGAGAGAAUGGGACGUUUCCUCUGGGGACAGACCAAGUGAGGCUGGAUGAGCAGCUGACUUCCCUGGAAGAAAACGUGUACUUGGCAGCAGGCACUGUGUACGGCCUGGAAGGCCAGCUGAACGAGCUGGAGAAUGCUGCCCGCUGCAUCCACAGUGGCACCGAUGAGACCCAUCUGGCGGAUCUGGAGGACCAGGUGGCCACGGCUGCAGCCCAGGUCCACCGUGCUGAGCUCCAGAUCUCUGACAUCGAGAGCCGGAUUUCAGCCCUGACCAUCGCAGGACUAAACAUAGCACCCUGUGGGCGCCUCACGAGAAGGCGGGACCAGAAGCAGAGGAGCCAGGUGCAAACCAUAGACACAUCAAGACAGCAGAGGAGGAAGCUGCCUGCUCCACCAGCGAAAGCUGAAAAUGUUGAGACAUCUUCAGUGACCACCAUUAAAACAUUUAACCGUAACUUCAUUCUCCAAGGCUCCUCAACAAACAGGACUGCAGAAAGGAAAAACACCACCAAGGAUUUGAUGGACCCCACCCUGGAGUCAGCUGUGAUGUAUUAGCACGAUGGAACUCCACUGCCAGUGACUCACUGCCUCCGGCCGUACACGACAGUGCCUUGACCCAACAGCCAUUGAAUAUUGCAUGGAUUUCUCUGAGGACAGGGCCUGGAGGGCCGCCGCAUGUCCUUGCACAGGGCUGCCCUGAUACCUCAUCCAGAAAGCAGCCCAGACUUCAGAACUGCGGUCUCGCCCACUCUGCCUUAGGCUCCCAGGGAAUCCAAGACAGAGAAGAAAAUCGAGAUGCUGGCUGGCUUCCAACAGCUGAGCUCCAUGUUCAAAAGAUGCACCCUGCUCCUGUUGGCUUUGCUCCUGCGUGUUGUCUUUAAGAUCUUUUAUUUUUUAAUCCCUUUGAUUCAGAAAAUUAACUGUCAACAGGUUAACCAAAGGAAAAGUUACUGGGGAGGAGGGGUGGUAGAAGAAAGGGGGGAUGGUUAUUAUCGUGUAAUCCAUCAUCAAGUCUUAUUUAAUCUCUCACAAGCAUGUGUCUUACAGUUUGCUAAGGAAAAAGAUGAGCUGUUCCCUGUAGGGAGCACUGGGGACUGUGUAAUUUGGGGACACACUCAACCAUCAGGAAUGCAAACUCCCUUCAGCCACCUCCUUCCUGCUAAGCACCUAAUCACCUACUCCCAGUCAUCCAAUUGCUUUGCAACCACAAGCCACAGAAUGGAAAGCUCUGGCUCACUCAUACCAUGUCCAGGUCUAUCUGGAGACAUUGUCUCAUUGAGAAUUUAGGGUCCUUCCUUGAACUGACUGGGAUUUUCCCCUCAGAAGGGGCUUGGGGGCACUUGAGAAGGCUCCCCGUUGGCUUAAUUUAGGGCACUGUCCAGAAUCAAUAGGAUGUGAUCUAACAAUGAGCCCAUCUUCAUGAAGCUUAGGUUGCUGGUUAUUGCUUAACCUCCAAAAUUCACUUGCCACUAAUUAUUCAGCAAAAGUAGGAAAAUGACUUAAAGAUAAAAAAUGAUUAAGGAACAACCUUAGAGCAAACUUAACAGUUACAAGAAAAAGGAAAGAGGCACCGAAUUGAAUGGACAUGAGCAUCAUCCCUAAACUCUGCGUUUGUGGUCUCAAACGCAUGACUAUUUUGAGUGUGUUUAUAAAAGCCGAUGGAACUGGAAUUUCACAGAAUUAAUUGAGCCUUAGCAAUCUUUUUUGUUGUUGUUCUUGGUAUACUUUGGAUCUGAGGAAGACAGCAUCAGAAGGGAAUAGUAUGGCUGAUGUUAAUUAAGUGGCCACCUGCAGGAGACUAUCAUUAUUCUUUAAUCCUUACAACCCUAGUCAAUGGGUGUCCCCAUUUUCCAUAUUUGGAAACUGAGGGCCAGAGAGAUUAAUCCACCAUCACACCUUGAAGCCAAGGAUAUGAUCGGAACACUCACAAAGCUUCACGUAGUGUCUUUUCAGCUUCUACAUUCUUUGCUGUACUGCACAUUUGCAGACCUGUCUUGCUGCUGAAAUGUGUGUUAGGAUCCGUUCCUGAUGGGGGUCUCCCCAUCUCCCAACAAUACUCCUUGCUGAGCUGUGUGUGUGUGAGCUAACAGAAAUGACUCCAUUGAAAUAAAGUAAAUCUUUGGCUUUUUGUUCCUUUGAUGUGGUUCAAAACAGACAAAUAGGAAUUUUAAAAACACAACAGCAACAACAAAAGACCUGAGUUCCAAAUAGAACGUUUUCAUAGAGGCAUGAAAAGCAACUACUGUUGUGUUAACAUUGUUAAAAUAUUCAGUUUACUUCAACAACAACAAAAAAAGUGUACUGUGUACUUGCAAAAUAAGAAGAGGCUGCUCUGUGGCAUUUGAAUUUUUAUAAAGGUUUCCUGUGCCAAAUAAGUGCAAAGAUUUAAUUUACUAUUCAAAACCAUAAGCAUAUGUUAUAGUUCCAGAAGAAUUAUUUUGUCAUCAAGUGAUUUUGAUCUUCAGUGUCAAUAUUUAUAUUUAGAUUAAUUUUUAUAAAUGAAAUAUUUUAAUGGUUUAAGAAAAUGAGGACAAUAGCACCCUAUCUUUGAUGACUUCUGAAAGUUAUGCUUGCCUUCAUGUCAUACGCACUUUGCCAAGAUACU